CAAAUCCACCAGUGAGCAUCAAAGAAAAAAACCCAGCAGGACAACAAUGAUGAUAGUGACAUUUUUGUUUGUUUUGCUGCUUGCUCUGCUGAUUCUCCUCUUCCUGAGACAACUCUGGUCCCAAAGACAUUUGCCUCCCGGUCCUUUGGCUCUACCUCUCAUUGGGACUGCCUUGGCAAGUGGGAUUUCAUUUCGUGAAGAUUACUUCCUUAAGCCUGCAAAACGAUAUGGAAAUAUAUACUCCUUGUGGUUUGGAUCUCACCUUGCAGUAGUGCUGUCUGGAUUCAAAGCUGUGAAAGAAGGAAUGACCAGUUUCCCAGAAGAAUUUUCUGAUCGACCAAAGUAUUUACUCUUGAGUGCUUUUGGGAAAGGAAGAGGAAUUAUUAUUUCCAAUGGUCACACCUGGAAACAGCAGCGGCACAUUGGCAUCACUUCUCUGCGGAAGCUGGGCCUGGGGAAAAAAAGCAUUGAGCACAGAAUAGAAGAAGUUGCUCAGACAUUGGUAGAGAUCUUCAGACAAACAAAAGGACAACCAUUUGAUCCCUCAUUUCCAGUAAUAAAUGCAGUUUCUAAUGUCAUAUGUGCUUUGAGUUUUGGACAUCAGUUUCCUCCUGAAGACGAAAACUUCCAGAAGUUAAUUCAAAUCCUUGAAAGUCUUGUGAAAUUCAGUGGUGGCUUUUUCUAUGCGAUAAACGUUGUGUUCCCACAAUUAAUGAAGUAUGUUCCGGGCCCUCACAAGGAUGUAUUGGCUUCUAUGGAGGGGAUCAUUUCUUUUGCAAAGCAGGAAAUAGAGAAACACAAGGAAUACAGCUCUUUGCAUGAACCACAAGAUUUCAUUGAUCACUAUCUACUUCAGAUGGAGAAGAGCAGGAAUGACUCCAAUUCUACCUACAAUGAAGAGAAUCUGGCCCAGUGUAUUUUUGAUUUUUUUAUUGCUGGAACAGAGACAAGUUUUAUUACUCUGAUGUGGACACUGCUCCUCUUGACCAAUCAUCCUGACAUCCAAGAGAAAGUCCAGAAAGAGAUUGAAGAUGUGUUUGGCUUCUCACGGUCAAUUUCCUAUCAGGAUCGGAAGAAGCUGCCCUACACCAAUGCUGUGAUUCAUGAAAUUCAGCGUAUAAAAUAUGUCCUUCUAGUUGGGGUUCCCAGGAAAAGUAGGAAAGAUGUGAAGAUGAGAGGUUACCACAUUCCAAAGGGGACCAUGAUUUUGCCAGACCUGCGCUCUGUUCUUAUUGAUCCAGAACAAUGGGAGACACCUGAAGAAUUCAACCCAAAUCACUUUUUAGAUAAGGAUGGGAAGUUCAUUGAACAGGAAGAGUUUCUACCAUUUGGAAUAGGUGAACGCAUAUGUGUGGGAGAGCAGCUGGCAAGAACUGAGAUCUUCAUCUUUCUGACCAGCCUGUUGAGGGCCUUCAGCUUCCGGUUGCCUGAAGGAGUGAAAGAACUCAAUGAAGCUCCUGUUGUAAAAGUGACAUUAUAUCCACACCCUUACAAACUGUGUGCAAUUCCCACAAAGGCUUAAACUUAAACAUCUUAAAAAGGAUAAAAUUAUUAUAGAAUAGUUAUUCAGUAAGGUAAAUAUUUCCUAUUAAUAUUGCAUUUGCUUCUAUUUACUCAAUACUGAAACUUCUGCAACCUAUUGCUGGGUUCACACAACAUACCUAACUAGGCCAACUAAAGACUAGGAGGAUAUGGGUGAAAAAUGUGCUAACUAAGCUUGUUAUGUCCCAAAGGUGUUCUUUUUUUUCCCCAAAAAGCAAUUGGACUUUCUUGAUUAACUAAAAAGCAACCCUCAGAGUGCUAAUGUUUGGAUGGCUGCAAAGAAUAUACUGUAAAUCCUACCAUUUCCCCCCCCCCAGUUAAUUAGAACUGAAGAAGCUUCUUGAAUGAGAAGCAAAAUGUUUUCAAAUUAAAAAAAAACUCAAGAAAGUCCAGUUGCCUUUUGGA